UCCGAUGGCUUGGACCGCGCAUCUUUUGAAUCGAGGCGAUAUUUUCCCACCGGCCAAUAUACGCCCUCCUGGUCUGUUUGCCCCCUCCUCCACUCCCCAAUCUCUCCCAAUUUAUGGAUCCCAGCAAGAGGAAUAACUUGUAAAAACUUGGCCUUUCCCCCUCUAAUCCUUUUUUCUUUGCAGGAAGAAGAAAUCCCCGAAUUAGAAAUAGAUGUGGAUGAACUUUUGGAUAUGGAGAGCGACGAAUCUCGGAGCGCCAGGGUGAAGGAACUUCUGGUUGAUUGCUACAAGCCCACAGAGGUUUUCGUAGCCGACUUGCUAGACAAGAUCCGAGGGAUGCAAAAACUAAGCACCCCGCAAAAGAAGUGACCUCCUGAUUGUGAGCGGCUGUCCUGCGUGGCCCCGGCCAUUCGUGGCCCGUUGUGUCGCUGAAAUGUUGGCAGUGCUGGGGUUUCAGGGAAUGGGGGGGUGGGGGGGGCGGCUUUCACAGGGCUGGGGAGAAUCCAUUAGUUUCCCCUCCCCUCAAGAACCACCACGAAAGAGGGAAGAUUGGGGGGGAUGCUCUGAUAAUCAGAAUAAUUUGAUCGCCUUUUAGCAAUAUCUCUCCGCAGCUGCCUCCCCACUCCGUCCCACCCCAAAAUCUGUCCUGGCUCCACAUCAGUGUGUCUUGUGUGUGUAAAGAGAAGGGGAGGAGCAUUUGUUCUCAAAGAGUGGGGUGGAGAGCAGAAAUUUUAGGAUCCUAAAACGAGAUUCGGACGGGGUGGAGGGGAGUAUCUGGAUUUGGGGAGGGCUGUUUUUUUGUUUUUUUAAUUAUUGUGUUUUUAUAUAAAUUUAAUAAAGAUGCUUUGAGAA